AUGACCUCCUUCAGCUCCUCCGCCCAAAACGCUUCCUCUUACCGACGCCACUUCGGACACGGAGCCUACGCCUCGCCAUCGCUCAACCGCUCGCUGCUGGGCCACGGCUCCACAGGGGGCAAUGUCUCCUCCAGGGUGUACGAGGUGACUCGGAGCAGCUCCGCCCCGGCGUACCGUGUCUCCUCCGGUCUCUACGGGAAACCUCAAGCCACCUCUUCCUCCCGAGCCUCCGCCGGACGAUGCUACGCAGGAAUGGGCGAGACGCUGGACUUCAGCCUGGCCGACGCCAUCAACCAGGAGUUCAUGACGACAAGAACCAACGAGAAGGUGGAGCUGCAGCACCUGAACGACCGCUUCGCCAGCUACAUCGAGAAGGUUCGCUUCCUGGAGCAGCAGAACCAGGCUCUGGCGGUGGAGGUGGAGCGCGUUCGAGGCCGCGAGCCGACACGCAUCGCCGACCUUUACGAGGAGGAGAUGAGCGAACUGAGGAGGCAGGUGGAGAUCCUGACCAAUCAGAGGGCUCGGGUGGAGAUAGAGCGAGACAACCUGGGGGACGACGUUGACAAGCUGAAGCUCAGACUCCAGGAGGAGAUGAUCCAAAGAGAGGAGGCAGAGAACAACCUGGCUGCUUUCAGGGCGGAUGUGGACGCUGCCACUCUGGCUCGUCUGGAUCUGGAGAGACGCAUCGAGACGCUCCAGGAGGAGAUCGCCUUCCUGAAGAGGAUCCAUGAAGAGGAGAUCAGAGAGCUCCAGACACAGAUGCAGGAGACUCAGGUUCAGGUCCAGAUGGACAUGUCCAAACCGGACCUGACGGCGGCGCUGCGGGACAUCAGAGCUCAGUACGAGGGCAUCGCCGCCAAGAACAUCUCCGAGGCCGAGGACUGGUACAAGUCAAAGGUGACCGACUUGAACCAGGCGGUGAGUAAAAACAACGACGCGCUGAAGACGGCCCGGCAGGAGACCAUGGAGUUCAGACACCAGAUCCAGUCCUACACCUGUGAGAUCGACUCGCUCAAAGGCACCAACGAGUCCCUGAUGAGGCAGAUGCGGGACAUGGAGGACCGUCACGGGCGCGAGGCAGGAGGCUUCCAGGACAACAUCACUCGGCUGGAGGUGGAGAUCUCCAACAUGAAGGACGAGAUGGCGAGACACCUCCGAGAAUACCAGGAUCUGCUCAACGUGAAGAUGGCGCUGGACGUGGAGAUCGCCACCUACAGGAAGCUGCUGGAAGGAGAGGAGAGCAGGAUCACCUUGCCUGUGCAGAGUUACUCCACCCUGAGCUUCAGAGAGACCAGCCCUGAGCACCAGCGCUCCUCUGAGCUGCAUUCAAAGAAAACCGUCCUCAUCAAGACCAUCGAAACCCGCGAUGGAGAGGUCGUCAGCGAGUCGACGCAGCACCAGCAGGACAUCAUGUAACCAUCUGCAGAAACAAGAGAAGAAGAAACAACAACACGCCUGUCCUCCACCGAGUCAGACGGAUGAAGAAGUCAAACAAGAUGCACAAAUAAAAAGAAAAAAGACUUCACAGACUCAUGACAUUGUGGUUAAUGCAAUAAGUAAGGUGCUAGAAUCAUUCACGUUAUCAAGGUUAUUUUCAUCUGUGGUGUGUUAGGCUGGAUUUUACAUAUACAAAAACUCCAUCUAUAGUCUUUUCUGUGUUUAAAUGAAACCCUAAAAGCCUAUUUUCUUUUAAGAAUUGUAUCUGAAAGAAUAAGGUGGGUCAUGACAUGAAAUAGAGUCAAAUCGAGAUACAACUUUACUUGAAAAGGAGAUUUUUUUGCAGUGAAUCAACAUGAAAUAUACAGCAUUUCUGCAUCUGAAAUGCUGCAAUAGUAAAUACUGUUGCUGAAUAAUCUUCCUGCUCUGCAAUUUAGGUUAAAUGUCACAGAAAAUGGAUUAACCGUGCACAUGUUCUACUUAUGCAUCUGAUUAAGUGUGCAGAAAACGCAUAUUUACAUUUGAUUUCUGACUUUUCUUCCACACACGGCAGCGUUUAUCCUCAAGGUCAGAGUCACAUAAGUCCGAUAAGGAGUGUUAAGGAAGUGUAUGUGUGUUUGUUGUUAUCAAUAAAGAGAUGUAGAAAGGACAAAAGGGAGAUGGAGGAGGAGGAGAUGAAAGCAAGAGAUAGGAGGUGGUGUGAGGAGGAGGAAACAGGAAGAGAUUUGUUUAGGAGAUAAUCCCUUGUGA